AUGCCCUCACCCAGAGCCCCUCGCUCACCGCUGGAGACGUGGGCGACAACCGCGACACAAGGGCAAUUGAAUGCCUUUUCAGGAGCUGUUGGCGGUUUCGCGUCGGGGAUAUUUACUUGUCCUCUCGAUGUCAUCAAAAUUCGUCUCCAAGCCCAGGGCAGCCUCGUCCCCGUCCGCUUCGUGAGCAAAUCCCGCAAACAUGAACUUUACAGGGGUCUUGUCCAAACGGGACGAGUCAUAUGGAGGGGAGAGGGCAUGAGGGGCAUGUACCGGGGAAUGGGACCUCUAUUAUUGGGAUAUCUUCCGACUUGGGCUAUCUGGUUCACAGUUUACCAACAUUCCAAAGUCACAUUACCCCAAGCUUAUCGUGAACCAAAUUCCGUAAACAUCCUCUCAUCCAUUGCAGCCGGCACUGCAUCAACAAUUGUCACCAACCCCAUCUGGACAGUCAAGGUUCGCCUGAUGUCACAGGCCUAUCGGCCAUGCAGAAGCCGGUUGUUCCGCAAGAAACGUAUAUAUCGGCCACACUGGCAUUAUCACUCGACACUUGACACUGCCUACAAGAUGUACACGACUGAGGGCAUGGGGGCCUUCUAUUCCGGGCUCGGAGCUGCUUUGCUAGGCCUCUCGCACGUGGCGGUCCAAUUCCCUACUUAUGAAUACCUCAAGACGAAGUUCACGGGAAAGGGAAUGGGUGCUCCACGAGAUGAUGAAGCAGAAUGGGUGAGCAUUCUUUCAGCCUCAGUCUUGUCCAAGAUAGCUGCCAGUGGUGUCACAUACCCCCACGAGGUUAUUCGGACCAGACUGCAGACCCAAAGACGACCAGUCCCCGGAGCCGAGUUCCUUGAGGGGCUCGGUGGCUUUACCAGACUUCGGGGCAUAGGUCUCAGCGGCAUGGUGCUGCAGGCCAAGUAUCGGGGCAUUGUUGAUACGUUUCACACGAUACUACGUGAAGAGGGUUGGAGGGCGCUUUAUAAUGGGAUGGGGGUUAAUAUGGCGCGGAGCGUUCCUGCAGCCACGGUAACGAUGAUGAGUUACGAAUAUGUCAUGAGCUCACUGCUACGAAUAAAGGACGACGCGAAUGACGGGCUGGAUGAGGCAUUUUAG